UUUUUGUAAGUAUAUCAAAUUACUCUCGAAUACUUGCAAUGUAAAAUUAAUUUUUCUGCAAGAAUCCAAGGCUAGAAUGCAUAUAAUUUAAUGUUAAUUAGUCAGUGACACACCUUUACUUAACUUAAACCACCGCGGUUUGCUCUAAAUUGCGUUUUAGUAUCGACUAAUCUUUAAUAAAGAACACAAGGUGUAAAGUUCUUAGAAUAUAAUUAAAAAUGAAACUACUGGUAAUUUUCCCUCUUAUGGUUUCCAUAGCGUCAGGAAUUGCUAUAGACGGAGGUGCUACCUUGGUAGGUCCGGAUGAACCAGGAACUCUAAUUAAAGGACCUUCAUCCAAAGCAACAGUGAAAGGACCAUCAGGAAAACUUAUAAUUGCAGGAGGUGACACAGGAGCUGUGUCUUCUGGCCCCAAAGCUGGAGGAGUUGUCAGUGCUGCUGGUCCAACUCCUGGUGUAAUCGCGCAAGCUAUACCCGUAGCAAGGGUGGAACCCGUAGCAAGUCCAAUUUUAGAACCUGUACCUGUGAUAGCAGCCCCUGCAUUGCCUUUAAAAUUAGUGCCGCAACAACCCAUUGAAUAUAUUGAAACCUACGAAGAACCAAAAUAUGUAGCUCCAUAUCCGAUACCUAUAGAAUAUUACAAGAAACCGUAUUAUUAAUAUUUUUUUUUCUUCCUAAAUUAAUAUGCCAUAUUAUGACCACUGAUAAUUAUUUAAAUACGGUUUAUGUAUAUAAAUAGUAAUAAUUAACAAUUAAUUUUAUAUCUUUUUUUUUUGUUAAGAGAUACUUAAUAAAAGUGCAUGCCUAUACUUUUAUGUAAUGAUUAUGUAAUUAAUAAUACCGGUGUAUAAUAUAUAAAACGGUAAAUACAAAAACCUUCUAUUUUCAA